AUGUCCCCUAUCGACUUGGCCGCCACUAUGCGCUCUAUAUUGGAUGGUGAUCAUAACCUAAGUACGGAGUUAACCACAGCUCUCGUAUCCUUGGGUUCCGCAGUUGAUCAAAUAAAAACCCAGCAGGAGAACUCCGCUAAGGAGUUGGAAUUAAUAAGAAAAAUGACCAGAACCAACUGGUUAUUGGUCAUUAAUCUUCCUCUUCCUUUCGGACAAUCCAAACGCCAGUCCCUGCAACUGUUAUUUGAGAAAAUUGGCUACUCAAAACCACCAUUUGAUUCUGAGAGGGACCUUAUUGCCGCAGAUAUACUAUAUGUGAGCAGAAACGGAUCGUGUAAUAUGGCAUUUUUCGUACCGCAACGUCAUUACGAUUUUUUGAUGAGCGCAGAGUUUCAACGCAAGAUUGUGGCCUACAAUCAAAAGGUCUCCAGAGGUUCGUUAAAAUUAAUCAAAGUAGCGUAA